GAGACGGGGGGGAACGGUCCUUUGAGGAAGAUGUGAAAGACGAGACGUAUCUCAGGAAAGCAUGAGAGAGAAGAGAGAUGAAAGUAUGGUGAAAGACCUCUCUGGGUUGUAUGAUGGAAGGACUGGGAAAGGAGAGAUCCAUAUGCAGCUCUAAACCCUUCCCAUGGCUAAGUCACCCCAAAACAGAGGCCUCAACCCUGCUAUGGAAACUCAAAGACUGCUUCCCCACCAAUGAGACAGCUUCCCCUCAUCACACAGAUAAAGAAAGCAAUUACAUGGACAGCAGAAAGGCCGUGCUGGAGCUGAAAGAUGUCCCUCCUCCUCCCCUGCACUGUACUUCCUCUUCCCAGUCAUCCCAGCCCUUCUCUCUGGCCCCUCUCCCUAUGCCUCCUCCCUGCUUGCCUCCUCCUCCUCCUCCUCAUCUCACACAAGACUCCCUCCAACAACAGCCCCCGCUACAGCAGCAGCAAGAGGGGGCUAGCCCCAAAGUAAGCAUUUACACACACUGUGACUACUGCAGCACAGAUGGCUAUGGGUUAUUGGGUGGUGGAAGUGUUGUUGGCAGCAGUAGUAGCGUCGCUGGUGUUGUGUCGCUCUACAUGGCCCCAGGCUCUCUGGGAGCACCCAUCAGCAGCAGCAGUAUUAGCAGGUCCGGCCCUUGCUCUGUAGCCUCAUCUGUUCAUCAGUAUAAACAUCACACAAGCUGUGGGAGUGGGGGUGAAGUUUUCGAUCCUUUGCCCACUCUUGGUUACAAAUCUCAGCUGUCCUCCUCUGUCGCUACCUCUCAGCCUGUUUCAUCACACCCCUACCUCUCCUGCUGCUCAGGGCUUCUCCAAACCUUCCCAGCUGCACCUCUGUCAUGUAGUCAACCCAGCUUGUUCCCCUCCUCUGCACCUCUGGCUCCCUCGCUCCCCUGUGUUUCCUCUCUUCCCGCUCCUUUGCAUGGCUCUUGCCUGGCCUCUUCUGGCUACUACACCUGUGGUGUGGACUGCUGCCCGUCAGCCAGAAGAUCCCAGAGAAGCACACUCGGUGAUCACCCAACCACCACCACCAUCACUACUACAACCACCUCCGCACACUUCUGCUCUAAUCCUAUGCACCUAAAUGUAAAACGCACGGUUUGUGUGAAGGGGGUGCACUACUGCCAGGAGUGCCUGUUGAAGCCUGUGAACGGUCUGCCGUCAGAGACAGACAAGGUGUGGCCCAAUGUUCCUCUAUCCGCGACUGCUCCCAUCUCUAUCCCCAUUUGUAAUGGCUGUGGCACCUCGUCUGAUGGCAUGAUGCUCAUGCCAUCGGCCAGCCUCGGCAAGACUGGCCAGAAAUAUGGUUCUCCAGAGAACGGAGGCCCUGAGAAUAUCCCCCCGGUGGGCGUCUUCUGGGACAUUGAGAACUGCAGUGUGCCCAGUGGACGCUCUGCUGCAGCUGUGGUCCAGCGGAUCCGCAGCCAUUUCUUUCAGGGUCACCGUGAGGCAGAAUUCAUUUGCGUCUGUGAUAUUAGCAAGGAGAACAAAGCUGUCAUCCAAGAACUCAACAACUGCCAGGUUACUGUUGCACAUAUCAACGCCACGGCCAAGAACGCUGCAGACGACAAGCUUCGCCAAAGCCUGCGACGCUUUGCUGAGACUCACACUGCACCUGCAACUGUUGUACUCGUAUCCUCGGAUGUGAAUUUUGCAAGUGAGCUGAGUGACCUCCGUCAUCGUCAUGGUUUCCAGGUUAUCCUGGUCCAUGGCAGCCAUGCAUCCUCAGCCCUACUGCAGCACGCCAACCGCCACGUGGCCUUCCAGGAGAUCACAGCUGAUCUGCCUCCACGUAUGCUUGUCAAAGCACAGCCCAGUUUCAACCUCCUCUAUGUGCACAACCUUCCUGUCAACUGUGACAAGAGCCUGCGGAACGCUGUGAAGCUCAGGCUCCGCCGCCUGUCAGACAACUGCGGCGGCAAGGUGCUGGGCAUGUCCCAGGGCACAGCAGUCCUCCGAUUUGGCAACCCCGAAGCAGCUGCACGUGCUCGCAAGCGCAUGGAAAAUGAGGAUGUGUUUGGCCACCGAAUCAGCCUUUCCUUCUCCCCACGGCCCAGAGACGAUGCAAGUCCUGAGCCUGAGCUUCAGUCUCAGCCCCAUCACUUCCCUCAGACUCUGCCCCAGGCCUAUCACAGCCAGGAUUCAGUGUUUGGCCCUCCGCCAUCCAUAUCCUCCUUUUCCUUUCUGCCCCUGGAGAAACCCAGGUCACCCAGGAGGCCGCGGCGGGCAACCCGCCCGUGCUACGCCUCUGGCCCAGUGCCUGAAAGGCCCUACAGCCCCAGGAGGGGGUGCAGUGGGCCUCCCGGUGGUGCUCCAGCCAAGCCCCAUCAGGAGCUGGGCAGUUUAGAUGGCAAACCCAGAAUGGGCUUCCAGCACCUGGAGAAAGGACGAGCUGCUUCAUCUUCCCCCCACAGUAAUGGAGAGACCGGAGCCCUGGAGCAGCUGUCAAAGCCCGGCCUCACUGGAGAAUCUGUGUACAGAAGGAGGAGAGAGGGCUCCUAUCCUCGCAGUGUGACUGAAUCCCCUCUAGAACAAGGAGACAGGAACACAGGGGAGUUCCAGAUUAGUACACCAUCAGCCUUCAGCAAGUUGAACCUGCACAGGAGCUUCAGUCCUCUCCUUCUGUCCCAGGGCUCCUGGUCAUCCAGGAGUGGGUCCCCCUGCCUGUCCAGCCGGUCCUCGCCGCUCCUGGCUGCCCCUCGUAGCCCGUGUCUCGAAGGUCCCCCUGAGCCUUUCUCAGAUGGCGCAGAGGUCCAGGUGGCCAAUCUGGACUACAGAAUGUCCCGCAAGGAUCUACAGCAAACACUGCAUGACACCUUCUCCCGUUACGGACGGGUGAAAGCUGUGGAGCUGAGCCCCCACACUGACUAUCAGCUGAAGGCCACAGUCCAGAUGUUGUUCCUGCAGCAGGCCAUUAGUGCCGUCAGUGGCCUGCACCGUUACAAGAUCGGAGGCAAGCGCAUUCAGGUGUCUCUGGUCACCGGUGGCAGCAACAAAUCCCUCGCUAUGCUCAGCACCGAGAUCAUCACCAUUCUCCAGGAUGCACCUGCCAAUUGCCUCCCUCUCUUCAAGUUCACUGAGAUCUAUGAGAAAAAAUAUUCCCGUAAGCUCGUGGUUGGGGAUCUGUACAGGCUACCAGAGGUGGUGGCAGUGCGAGAUCAGGGAGGUUCGAGGCUUGUGUGCCUUCUUCCUAACAGCCAAAUCCGUCAGAGUCCACUGGGAUCUUCCCAGUCCCAGGAGGGCUCCUCCUCUGCCAGCGGCAGCCCUGUGGUGUUUGAGGAGCUGGAGUACCACGAACCUGUCUGCAGAGAACACUACGCACAGCAGGACUUCAGUGAGGUUGACUUUGACCCUGACUCCUAUAAAAUCCCUUUUGUUGUGAUGUCUCUGAGCACCUUAGCCUCUGAGGUCCACAGUCUGCUGCAGUCACACGAGGGAACUCUUCCAUUACUUAGUUUUCCAGACUGCUAUGCAGCAAAGUUCAGCCCUCUGCAGCUAGGCAAUGAGACACUGGAGGGUGGUGUCCCCCUGGAGCACCUCAUUACCUGUGUCCCCAGCAUCACAAUAGUCACAGCUCAGAACGGCUUCAAAGUCAUCAAGUGGAUCCACAACAAACCACCAGCUCCAAACUCCGAGCCCUGGAUUCAGCGCUGCAAGAGUCCAGUCGGCAACCCACAGCUCAUACAGUUCAGCCGAGAGAUUAUUGACCUGUUGAAGAGUCAGCCAUCUUGCAUCAUGCCCAUGAGCAAGUUCAUACCUUCGUACCAUCAUCACUUCGCCAAGCAGUGCCGCGUCUCAGACUACGGCUACUCCAAGCUGCUGGAGCUUCUGGAGGCCGUGCCACAUGUCCUACAGAUAUUGGGUAUGGGCACCAAGCGAUUACUGACCCUGACACAUCGUGCUCAAGUAAAGCGCUUCACCCAGGAUCUGCUCAAACUGCUUAAAUUUCAAGCAAGCAAACAAGUGGUGAUCAAGGACUUCAUGCAGGCGUACCACUGGUGCUUCUCCAGAGACUGGAGGGUAAUUGACUACGGGAUUUGUGACCUGAUGGACCUGCUGACAGAGAUCCCCGAUACCACUAUUACUAUUACACAUCAGGACACGGACACAGUCAUCUCUGUUCCCAAGAGAGAGCGUACGGUUGAGGAGAUUGAGCGCACUAAGCAGUUUGGGAAGGAGGUGGUGGACCUUCUCCGUCACCAGCCUCACUGCCGGAUGGCCUUCAGUAAGUUCAUCCCCACCUAUCACCAUCACUUCGGCCGGCAGUGCAAGCUCAGCUACUAUGGCUUCACCAAACUCAUGGAGCUCUUCGAGGCAAUCCCCAACAUACUGAUGGUGUUGGAGUGUGGCGAGGAGAAAGUGCUGACUCUGACAGAAGUGGAGCGUAUCAAGGCUCUGGCGGCUCAGCUGGUAAAGCUGCUUCGGUCUCAGAAAAACUCCAGCCUUCCUGUCAGCCAGCUGCUCACUGAGUACAGCAAGACCUUCGGUUAUGGUCUACGCCUGCAGGACUACGACGCCAGCUCCCUGCCGGCUCUGCUGGCCAAACUCUGCCAUGUGGUCAAGGUGGUGGACGGCUCUGGGGCUCGUGAAGUGCAGUUAAUCAACAGGAAGUCUUUGCGCUCGCUGACCUCCCAGCUCCUGGCUCUGCUCAUGUCCCAAGAGAAGGAGCAAGUCACCAGAGGCCUCAAGGUGGAUGAGCUGAGCCAGCAUUAUUUGACUGCCCAUGGGGCGCUGCUCAACCCAUGUGAGUAUGGGUUCCUGUCCCUCAGCGAGUUACUCAAGAGCCUGCCCUACCUUGUGGAGUUGUACUUUGAAGAAAGUGAUGACAGCAGCAAAGCUGCCAGUGGUGGUGAGGAGUGGGUGAGGCUGACCAGGCUCUACCAAUUUGCCCGUAACAUACGCGCCCUGCUGCACACCUACCACUACAACCAGAUCUUCCUGACGGAGUUUCAGGGGGCUUAUAACAAAUUUACAGGCUGCAGCCUCGAACCACGUUCCUAUGGAUACACCAGCACUGACGAGCUGCUCAGCGCCAUCCCGCAGGUGGUCUGGAUCAAAGGGCAUGGUCACAAGAGGAUUAUCGUUUUGAAGAACGAUAUGAAAGCAAGGGCAAGUCCUUCAAUCCCCAGCAGCCCGCAACCAGGAGAGAACACAGAGAGCCCGAGAGAUAGCCCGAUCAGCACCGCAACCUCUGGAACCCAGAGUCCAGGUGUCGAUGCAGCGGCAGAGUCAGAGCUGCUGUGUCUGACGUCACCAGUAGACCUACUAUGUGGUCCUGUACCAUCCUGCCUACCUUCACCUCAGCUCCAUCCUGACCCCGUUCUUCAGGACCUGAUUCAUUUUGAGAAAACUCCACCAACAGUGAGCGAUGAACCAGAGGAGACCGCUUCAGCUGACGGCUCAUCUGUUCCACCUGGCAGCACAGACGACGCCGCGGCCUCCAAACCUCCACCGCACCCCGAUGUGAAGACGCCCACGUCAAUGGACAGCCCCAGCAGAAGAGCCUCACGCAGCAGAAUCAAGUUAGCCGCCAACUUCUCAUUCACUGCAGGCCUUUGAUCCUUUUCUCACUCACACACACACACACACACACACACACACACACACACACACAAAGCAAUACUAACUCACAUAUAGUGUAACUCUAAAUACCAGAGUUGACCGGCUACAUUGAACACAUCACACAGACACGAUCCUAGAGGAGCACUAGUGUCGUCCCCUCCACACCUUGAACACGCUCUUAUCACUCAUCAGCCAACUUCGUUCCCUUCGUUUACUGAUUUCACAAUCGGUGUGUUCUUCCGAUGAUGUUUACCAAGCUGUGAUUUUCUUCUUGCAGAUUUUCUGCAAUUCUUUAAAUUCUGCAACGUGCGUUUGAUUUCACCUCGAGGGAAGUUAGAUUAUCUUUGCAUGCACAUCUUCAGUUCAGAGCCACGUUGUGUCAAAGACGCUCGUUGGCGUACAGUUAUUGAAAACUGAGUUAGUUGCCACUGUAUACGGAUCAUCAGAUAACGGGAGAAACGUUAGGGCUGAGUAACUAUGUUUUCUGUUAGUCCAAGAAAUGUAGGUACUCACAUUCUCAGAUUAUAGAAUUAACAAACUGAAGGUUUAUAGAGUUGUUUUGUUAAAAUUGAGAAACCUCCAUGUGUACCUCCUUGCUGUAUCCCCAAAGACAGAGCAUUUAAUUUACGAUAUAAACUCCUUUCAUAUUUUAGGAGAUUUUGCUUUGUAGGUAAUGAUAGACAUGUCAACCAACUGGCCGCUGAGCACCUGCCUUCUUUCAGUCUUCUCUUGGUUAAAGGAUUUCUAACGAGGCAGCUUCUCAUCUUUAGUCUCUGUUAAGUAGCCUCAGGACAGUGUUUUCAGUUCCUUCUUAUAUUAUGCAGAGUAUUUAGUAGUCUGUGCAAAUAUUUGGCCCGAAUGUUUGGUGGCAAUUCAACAACGAGUGUAAAAAAAUGAGUGCUCUCGCUUUUAUUAACAGAAGCUAACCAUUUUUGAGAAGUUAAAUCGCGGUCUGCAAAGUUUCGGUAUCACGAUGAGCACUAUUUACAGGAAUUUUUUAUUCUUGUCGUACUUUGACUUGAUUUAUUGGAAGGAUUUUGGCUUGUCUCACACAGGGACUCUACUGAAGGCCUGAGAGGAGAAAGGUGGCUCUGAAAUACUCUGGCCUGAUGUGUGCUCAGGCAGGAGAAACCGAGAUCUACUUUGAUUGUUCGGCUUUAGCCAGCAGCCGCUGUGUUUGUGUUCUUUUAGCUGUGUUUUGUCUGCAUGUGGUUUACACUGGAGUAGGUGGUGUGAAAUAUGCAUGGUGUGCAUAAAUGAGUUUAUGCAUGGUGUAAACCGAGGAGGAACAGAUGACGGUAAGACAUUCUUUAAGAUCAGUCUUUUGUUUGCACCGCGUUUUAGGGAUCUUGUAUUCGGCGUCACCCUCGCAGCUGCUACAUAUACGCUCAAGGUUUUUUGAGUUAACCUUGUUGCUGGUGAGCGCUGCGUUCGCGGUGACGUCCGCUGCCUGAGUUGAGGAGUCGAGGGGAGCAGUGAGCACUCCUGAGUUUUUGAUUUUUAAGAUGAUGGGCUGUGAGUCUUUAGGGGGGAGAGAUGGGUCGGGAGGUUUUUGGUGGAGCACCUCGUGGGCUCUGGGCAGCCUCCUGAACAGAGGACCCUCUGCGGCUCUCUGGAAUCUGCCGGGCUUUUACAAUGGCUUGUAUUUGCCACGGCGCCAAUGGAAUCGCCAUCGUAUCUCCCCCCCUUCCCUCACAUCUUACAGAGGAGUUUUUACUUGCCGACGUGUGUUGUUUUCCUGUCUCGAGUGUUUACAAGACUGCUGGCUGCUGAAUUGCCACCAAAUACUGUCGGCUGCCUUGAAUUUUAGCGCAUCGUUGAAAUCUAAAGGUUGUUUGUGUUCAGAGAAAACGUUCAAAGAAUGGGUAAGAGCCCAUUUCAUCAGUUUUUGUCCAGUUUCAGUGUUUGCCUCUUUAGCCAGCGUUUGCCAGAAAUUUUCUUUUGUCAGGCUUGAUUCCACCUGCCAACUCGCCUGAUUGUCUGUAAUGCCGAUUAAAAUGUUUUUAAUCAGGGUUUUUGUGGUUCUGACUGUCUGGAAACCUCUUUGAUAAAAGAAUGAGCAGCUAAGUAAAUUAUUUAAAGUUGGUAAUGGUAGAAAGGGGCUGAAAAUGCCUGCAAUAAAUUUCUAGAUUAAACUUGGCAGAAAGAAUAUAUUUUUGUGAUUUUGAGCAAACCCUAGCUCUCCUCCGUAUCCCUUUCCCACCAUAUUAGCUCUGGUUCUUGAGCCGGUUCUCUUCAGGAAACUUGGAAGUUUAGUGUCAUCUAGUGAAGCAUUUCAGUCAGUUUUGAGUGGAACCAUUGUAAUCAAGGAUGUGUCAUCGUUGGAGAGCGUUGCACAAUGCACAACAGAAGUUGUAGCAAAAUUGUGGAUUACAUUGAUUACCUAUAAUUCUGUUAGUAUAGAUAUUUGCCUUCACCCCAAAAACAAGCAUAAACCAACUAUUAACAAAACCGCUGUUCGCUUGUUUUUGUCUGACCAUUUCUCAUUGACUUCUCCAUCAUCCGUUUCCAGUUUGUAGAAAAUGACGCGCCGAUAUUGAUAUGAUGAUAUUGUCACAGUUGGCUCUUCAGGUCAUGGAAAACCUGCUAUUUUUUGGUUCCAACUGCGAACCAACUUUCGGUUCUGAACCAAUUAUUAUGGUCAAAAUACUCUGAACUCUUCAUAAUUAGGUGCAGGAACCAGAACGUAACCGGAUCCGGGUUGGUGGAAAAGGGAUAUCAGAGUACUGCAGUGGCAGCUAACUGUAAUGAGUAAAUGUAACUUCUCUAUUAAGCUUUCUCUCUUUGUUUUGGUUACAUCAUUGAGAAGCUAUCGUGCCUGUCAAAAUAUGCACUUUUGCAUAGUUUUGGUUCAUGAAAUGUGAAAUGAGGCAGUGGACUGGGAGGGGUGGAAGCAUGUUUUUGUGUCUUUGCCUCUGUUUCUGUUUGACUGUAUCUGAUAUUGUUUUGCUCAUUUAGUUUUCAUGUUGCAACAGUUCUACACUUCAAGACAAUAUUUUCUUUAAUCGUCAGUGUCCUUAAAUCUCCUGCCUUGUGAUUGUGUUUACCGGGUCAACAACUGUCUCACUAAUGUGUCCUCUCUACAUACACCUCCCUCUGUCACCGUGUUUUACUGCCUCACUGCACCAGAAGUCACUCAGACACUCUGAAGUGUUUGAAAGGACCAAAAAAAGAUUUCAGUUAAUAAAUUUCACAAGCAUCAA